AUGGCGCGCAAUGAGGAGAAGGCGCAGCAGAUGCUGAACAAGUGGGUGACGAUGAAGCAGGAGUUCAACGCGGGGAACAUCGCCGAGCGGCGGCCGUUCCUCGCGACGGACUGCAAGUCGCUCGCGGACUGCGAGAAGUGGCGGCUGCAGAUCAUGCGGGAGAUCACGCGCAAGGUCGCGGAGAUCCAGAACCAGGGCCUCGGCGAGCACAAGAUCCGCGACCUCAACGACACGAUCAACAAGCUGCUCCGGGAGAAGGGCCACUGGCAGUUCCGCAUCCGCGACCUCGGCGGCCCGGACUACAACGCGCUCGAGCCCAAGGCCUUGGACGCCGAGGGCCGGCCGCUGCCCGGCGGCGGCGGCUACAAGUACUUCGGCGCCGCGCGCGACCUGCCGGGCGUCAAGGAGCUCUUCGAGGCGCCGCCGCCCGUGAAGAAGCGGCGCACGCGCGGCGACAUGUUCAAGCACGUCACGCCCGACUACUACGGCUUCCGCGACGACAACGACCCGAGCCUCGCGGCCAAGGAGGCCGUCGUCGAGGAGGCGACCGUG